AUGUCACAAGAUCCAUUUUAUAUGGUACAAGCAGAUGUACAAUCAUCAUUAAGAUUAUUAACAAAUGAUCAUACAAGAUGGAAACAAUUAUUAUUAGAGACCAAUACAGCGACAAAUGAUGAAUUUAAAUGGACAACCAAAGAGUUAAAGAAAAGAGUACGACGACAUGAAGAGACGUUGAGAGAUUUAUCCAAUUCCAAUAUAGUAGCAGAAAAGUUUAGAGAAAAGUAUUUGUUGACGUUUGACGAGAUUGAAAGUAGAAAGAGAUUUGUACGUGAAGCAAAUGCAACGUUGGACAUUAUCAAACAAGACUUUAAUAGUCCGACAACACAUCAAAAGAUUGAAUCGGACAAACAAAAAGAGUUGCUCUACUCUGAGAAGCGAAUGAAUAUUGAACAAGAUUCUCGUUAUAGUGGAUUGCAACGAGCCGUAGAAGAAGACAAUAAUGAUUAUCUACGUGAUAAUAUGAUGAUGCAACAACGUUAUUACGAAGAUCAAGACCAAGGUUUGGAUAUACUCUCUCAAAAUGUCAUGGAAUUGGGUGAAAUGACAAAAGUAAUGGAAACGGAAAUUAAAUCUCAAGGCAAUAUAUUGGAUCGUCUUGGUGAAAGAGCUGCCAAAUCUCAAGGUGCUCUUGGUAGUAUGAUGAGAAGAUUGGAUAGAUUUAUGACUCAAACUAGUAGUAAAGUUCAAUGGACCCUAAUAGCUAUACUUGGUGUUAUUUUCUUAAUUUUAGUUAUUAUUUCUACUACUAUAUUAAAAAAGAAAUAA